CUGACUGCUCCGGUAUUACGUCUCGUCCAUCUAGGAACGGCAGGCACCAUGUACUCCGGAAAGCUGGUUAUCCUGCUCGCCGUGCUGGCGGCCUGCUGCUCUGUCAGCUGGGCGAACCCCCACAUGGAGAAGGUGGACAAGUACAUGCACUGCAAGACGUGCGACAAGUACGCCCUCAUCAUGGACGGCUGGGUCUUCUCCAUGUACAACCUGCUCGUCGGCGUGGGCGUGAAGGUGCCUCAGGCGCUCUCCUACUCCCUGCACCUCGCCUUCUUCCUCGUCGCUGUGCUCAAUCAUCUCUUGAAGGCUGACAUCCGUUUGCUCUGGACCGGCAUAAGCAACAUGAUAAAGGAGGUGAUAGCCGACGAGUACCUGAGAGGUGUCCUGAAAGAGGUCGGCUUGAAACUGAUCACCGUCAUUGAGUGCGUUCUGUCGAAGAUGCAUAUCGCGCUGAACUGGUAAUCCACACGUCUGCUUCUCUCUGAAGGAAAAGGAAAGUAGAACCAUGAACACCAUGUCCAAAUAUACGAAACAUGUCAAUUCAAUAAAUUAAAAUUUGAUUCCAGCAUACUCCGCACCCUUAC